AUGGAGUUUGGAGAGAAGAACAUGGAGGUGGAGGAAGCAGCAGUGAUGGAGGAGAUAAUAUAUGUUGCUUUAGGGAGAGAAACUGCCAAGAACAAGUCAAAUCUCAUAUGGGUUAUAGAUAACUCCCAAGGGAACAAGAUCUGCAUUGUUCUUGUUCACCAAACUCCUCAGAUGAUUCCUGUUUUGGGUACCAGAUUUGAUGCUGCAACGGUAGAUGAAGAGUUAGUGAGAGCAUACAGAGAAAAACAAAAGGCUAAAACAGACAAGAUUCUUGAUGAGUACCUUACAAUUUGCCUGAAGAAAGGGGUCCACGCAGAGAAGCUGUGCGUUGAGACUCUGAACUCAAUAGAGAAGGGACUUGUGCAGAUGAUUACUGAGUAUAAAGUCAGGAAGUUUAUAAUGGGAGCAGCUGCAGACAAACACUAUUCAACUAAAAUGGAGGAACUGAGGUCAAGGAAAGCCAUCUUUGUAUGCCACUACGCACCUCCCUCUUGUCAUAUUCGGUUUAUCUGCAAAGGACAUCUCAUCCACACAAGGGAUGGUAGAAGGGAUGAAGUGAGAGCUCUCUCAGCUCUAUUAUAUGACUUUCAGCGCCUUGUCUCCUCGCGAAGUAGCUCCAGUUCAUAUAUGCUGAGUGAAAGCUCAAAGGGGAAAAGCGAAGUGGAGGAAGAAGAAGAUGAGGAGAGAACAUCAAGAGCCAGCUCUUCUCAGUCUGAUGGUACCUUGUCAUACUCUGGAGGAUCUGAGGCUUCUUCACCAAGUACAAUAGAUGAAAAAUCAAACCAUUCAUCUCCUCCUGCCUCUUUACCUUGCGGUGGGAUGGGACUAGGAAUGAUAAGCUUCAUGAUCCACUCCACCAAACUAUGGCAUAAGCGUGCCAUCAAAAACCACAAGCAGUGUGAGUGA